UUUACUCUUCCAAUAUGUCUAGGGUUUUUCCUCAAACACCUUGUCCUUCUCAUCCUUCUUCUCACUCAGUUUCAAAACCUGAAUCUUUCACAAUAUGGAUGAAAUCUCUAGUAUUCAACACGCGAGGAUGCACCGUAUAUAAUUCAAAAGGCGAAAUCAUUUACAGGGUUGAUAAUUACGACAAUAAAUCUGGUCAAGAAGUUUAUCUUAUGGAUAUUCGAGGAAAAGUUCUAUUUUCCUUGCUACAAAAGAAAUUACGAUUAUUUGGGUGUUGGGACGGAUAUAAAUGGGAUGCUUCUAGUUCAAAAAAACAACUAUGGUUUCGUGUAAGAAAACAUCGAAGUAUUUGUGUGAGUUUAUGUGAUGAUAUGUGUACAUACAAGAUUGUUAGAAAUGAUGGCAAACUAGGAUUCAAGAUUGUAGAUGCAGAUCAAGAAGGUGCACUUGUUGCAGAGAUCAAACAAAAGCAAACAACCACAGGGAUUAACUUUGGAAAUGAUGUAUUUACAUUAACAUUACAACCCCAUGUUGAUCAAUCGUUAAUAAUGGCAAUAGUCAUGGCCUAUGGGUUGAUAACUAAUCAAAUUUGAAGGAAAUAUAGAAGUUAAAACAAGGUUUGAUCAUAUGUAUAGGAAGAUGUACACCAUCAACAAAUUUUGUCCGAGUUGUAAUAUAUUUUUUUAUUUCAUAUUAAAUACAAUUGAUUUGUUGAACUCA